AUGAAACGUUCCCGUACUGCUGUCUGUCCACUUUUGACAGACGUAGCUUCUUCCUCCAGCUCAUCAUCCUCAAACAAUACAUACAUUGACAAUGGCGAUUGUACUUAUGUUUGUGAAUAUUGUCACGCAAAGUUUUGGUUUGAUGAACGUGUCGUUAGCCUAUCAACACGUAACUCUGUUAGAUAUAACAAAUGUUGUAAAGGUGGCCGUGUUCAUCUCUUAUUCCCUAAUGACCCUCCUUCAGAGAUUAAAAAUCUUUUCGAACAAUCUGCAUUCCUGGAUAAUAUUCGUUUAUAUAACUCGAUAUUUUCAAUGACAUCGUUUGGGGCAACGAUAAACGAUUCUAUUAACGAUGGAUCUGCUCCAUAUGUUUUUAGAAUUGAAGGUCAAAUACAUCAUUGGCUUGGGACAAUAUGCCCACCUGUUGGCGAAACUCCACGCUUCCUUCAAAUGUACAUCUAUGAUACCGAUAACGAACUACGCAACAGACUUCGUUUUUUUCCAGAUGUACAACGUGCAAAUGUUCAUGAAACAUUUGUUGCAUCGCUAAUUCAUGUGCUAGAUAAUAACAAUGAAUUGAUCAAACUUUUCCGGUCAGCCAGAGAUCUGUGUCAUACGGUUGAUGUCCCUAAUUUCUUCAUUCAAUUGCACACUUCAUACAAAAAAAUCUGUUAUGAUACACCGGUUAACGACUGUAUUGGUGCAAUUGUGUGUGACAACGACUCUAUAUCUCAUGAAUUCGAUAUCGUUGUCCAUCACAACAACGCAGGACCACAACGCGUUAGCGAGUCUGGAUGGUCACCUGCUUUACGAUUACACGUACCAGCUGAUGAACAUGAAAAACGUUUAACCAUCAAUAUGUUCUACAGUUACCAGUUACAUGAUAGGCUAAACACAUAUACAUUAUUAUUAAGAGCUGGCCGCCUUUUUCAGCAAUACUUAGUUGAUGCAUACGUGUGCGUCAAGCAAGAACGACUUACCUACUUCCGUCAGAAUCAAAAUCAACUAAGAUGUGAACACUUACGUGGUAUUCAUGAUGCCGUAGGCCGUGGUGAUAACGACGAACAUAGCAUUGGUAAACGCAUCAUUCUACCAUCGACUUUCGUCGGUGGCCCACGAUACAUGUACAAACACUAUCAUGACGCACUUGCUAUAUGUAGAGUACAUGGAAAUCCACAAUACUUUAUCACUUUCACAUGUAAUGUAAAAUGGCCUGAAAUUACACGAUACAUAUCUCAAUACCCUUCUCUUAAGGCACAAGAUCGACCUGAAAUAGUCGUCCGAGUAUUUAAGAUGAAAGUAGAUUCUUUGGUUGACUUUCUAAAAGUAGAACAGCCGUUUGGUCCUGUUGUCGCAGAAUACACAAUAGAGUUCCAGAAAAGGGGACUGCCUCAUUUUCAUUUGUUACUAUGGGUACAUGAAAAGCAUAGGAUAAGAGAUGCCGAAGAACUUGACAAUUACAUUAGUGCAGAAAUCCCGGAUCCAGCAGGUGACCCUCUUUUGCACAAGGUCGUUACUGAAUUAAUGAUGCAUGGCCCAUGUGGGAUUGUCAAACCACAUGCCCGUUGUAUGUCUACUGGUGUCUGCUCAAAAAAGUUCCCCAAACCUUAUCGUAAAACAACAAUUUUUGAUAAAAAAGGCUAUGUCCAUUACAAAAGACCACUCUCUGGUAGAUCUGUCAUAAAAAAUGAUGUUCCACUCAACAACGCCUUUGUUGUUCCGUACAACAAAACGUUAGCAAGACGUUUUCGAGCGCAUAUUAAUGUUGAAUAUUGUGGAUGGAACAUGAUGAUCAAGUACCUGUUCAAGUACAUAUCAAAAGGCGUUGAUCGAAUUUGUUUUAGAAUUUCCAAGACUACAGAUUCAUCGUCUACUACACAACAAACUCCUACAACAACAAUUGAUGAGAUCACUGAUUUUACCGAUGCACGAUUCAUUUGUCCUCACGAGGCAGCUUGGAGACUACUAAAUUUUGGAAUUCAUGCUUUGCAUCCUGCAGUACAAGUACCAGCAGUUCAUGAAGAAGAAAUGCAAAAGCUAUAUUUCAAAAACAAUGAGCACCUUGAUAGAUUGUUACGCAACCAGUUUUGUAAAAGAACAACUCUAACCGAGUGGUUGCAUAAUAACGCCGUUGAUCCUGCCGGAAGACAUCUACGGUACGUAGAUUAUUUAACUCAAUAUCGUUGGGACUGCGGAUCUAAACAUUGGAUACCAAGGAGUAACAAUAGAAGGACUAACAAUGAAGAACGCACAAUUGGCAGACUAGCUUAUGUGCACCCAGGGUCUGGCGAGCUAUUCUACCUGAGACUGUUGCUUUUCCAUCAGAGAGGCUGCGAAUCAUUUGUAGACAUAAAAAUGGUCUCAGGUCAAAUACAACCUACAUAUCGUGCUGCUUGUGAAAAACUUGGUCUGCUGGGAGAUGAUAAAGAGUGGCAGUUCGCUUUUACAGAGGCCGCUGCCUGGGCUACACCCUCAGAACUAAGAUCACUGUUUACACAUAUGUUACUCUUAUGUGACGUAUCAGAUCCAAUAGAGUUCUGGGAAAGCCAAUGGCGUACAAUGGGAGACGACAUCCAACAAACAUAUCAAUUGAUGAAUGAAGAUGAUAUUAGAGAUUAUGUUUUGUACGAGAUACAACUGCUAUUUAAUUCAGGUGUCACAAAUACAUCGUUAUCGGAUUUUGGAUUACCAUUACCUUGA